CUUCGUUUUCGACCCGGUAUCGUUCUAGAGGACGUUGGAGUCAUAGUCAGGAGGGGGCUGUAGCUAUCAUUUUUUUUUUAAAUCCGCCAAUCUUCAGAACAAACCAAUAUGUUUUCACGAGUUGCUAAACCAGCAGUUGACCUCGCUCGGUAUUUGUCCACAUCCUCGCAGAAUCAUGCCAGGGUGGCGGUGCUAGGGGCAUCGGGUGGUAUCGGACAGCCCCUGUCCCUCCUGCUGAAGAACAGCCCUCUGGUGAGCCAGCUUUCCCUCUAUGACAUCGCCCACACGCCUGGAGUGGCUGCAGAUCUCAGCCACAUUGAGACCCGAGCUAAGGUCACAGGGCACUUGGGCCCCGACCAGCUGGGAGCUGCGCUGAAAGGCUGUGAUGUAGUUGUCAUCCCUGCUGGAGUCCCUAGAAAACCUGGUAUGACCCGUGACGAUUUGUUCAACACCAAUGCCACUAUCGUCGCCACCCUGUCUGAUGCCUGUGCACGUUUCUGUCCAGAGGCUAUGAUCUGCGUCAUUGCCAACCCUGUGAACUCCACUAUUCCCAUCACUUCAGAGGUCAUGAAAAAACAUGGCGUCUAUAACCCCAAUAGAGUGUUUGGUGUCACAACACUGGACAUCGUCAGGGCAAACACAUUUGUCGCUGAGCUUAAGGGUCUUGACCCUGCUCGGGUCAAUGUGCCAGUUAUUGGAGGUCAUGCAGGGAAGACCAUCAUCCCUCUGAUUUCACAGUGCACACCGAAGGUGGAGUUCCCAGCUGACGAGCUGUCUGCUCUGACGGAGAGGAUCCAGGACGCAGGGACGGAAGUGGUUAAGGCCAAGGCUGGUGCAGGCUCUGCCACACUGUCUAUGGCCUACGCUGGAGCCAGGUUCACCUUCUCUCUCCUUGAUGCCAUGAAUGGGAAGGAGGGAGUGGUGGAGUGCGCCUUCAUCAGAUCAGAGGAGACUGAAUGCAAAUACUUUUCCACUCCUCUGCUUUUGGGCAAAAAUGGAAUUGAGAAGAACCUGGGCCUGGGCAAACUCUCUGCCUUCGAGGAGAAGCUGGUUGCUGAAUGCAUGGCUGAACUCAAGACCUCCAUUAAGAAAGGAGAGGAUUUUGUUGCCAACAUGAAGCUGUGAGCCUGUGGCACUUAUUGUAAAAAGUAUUUAUAUAGUUGUCACAAUGUCAAAGGUCUCCCUGAAACCAAUUUUUAUCAUGUCAGGAGAGUGAGUCACUGUCCUGAUACUGAUCAAAUUUGUCAGAACUCACCAUCAAUAAACAUUAUGAUUUACAAACUUGA